AUGAAAUGCCUUGAAGAAUUUAUCAAUGAUGACCUUCCAGAGCGUAUCGAAGUGAAUAAAAAUCAGCUAUGGGCCCUAAGGUCGAUUAACUGCUUAAAGGACCUGUUGAAAACCCAUUUUAUCAUUGAAAACCCUAGAAGAUACCCUUUACCACAAACUAGUAGUGAGCAUGGCAAAAUGAUAGACCAAUGUGUUGUUUUUCUGGUUACAAAUAAGCUUUUUGAUAAUGUUUUGACUUAUGGGUAUAAUAUUGCUAAUAAUUUGCAGUUGAAUGCCUCAAUUCACUGUGAUUCCAUCAAUAGUAGUAUUGCAACAUUAAAAACAGGGGUAUGGGAACUUUUACAUGAAGCGAUUGGCACAAGAAAUUUUGUGUUUUUAGUCAUUAAUUGCUCUAUAUUUUGCUAUUAUGGAAGCUAUUUCAAGCAGAUUGUUGGUAAUGCUAUGAAUGAACCUAAUUCUCCUCCGAUCUGGUAUAAAAAUAAAGAAAAUCGGUUAGCAAUCAGGUCAAAGAGAAGAGAAGACGUUGGAAAUACUGCAUUCUUGUACAGAAACUACUGUAUAAUUAAAUGGGAUAAACUUUUGGCUGGUGAUAUGCGAUCAUUGAGGUUAGAAAUAUUUGAGUCCAAAGAUAUGGAAAAUGCAAUGGUAGAUCUACUGAUAUCAAAAAUGCUUCAAAAUACCAAAAGAAUCAAAUAUAUGAGGAUAAUCAACUCCAUAUGUCCUCGAAAAUUUGUUAAAUCAUUGAAAACAAAUCUUGAUGCGCAAACGAAUGUGAAAUCGGUUACUAGGCUUAUCAUUAUUCUUAUUGAUAAAUUAAUACCAUUGCAACUCUUCGGAAAUCAAAAAAAUAAGGCUGUAAUAUUAAAAAGGGUUUCGGAGUUGUUAUUACUAAACGUAAACUCUAAGAUUCCAUUUGAGUAUUUAACGAAGGGUAUAAAACUUAAAGAUGUUGGUUGGCUUGAUUGUAAGAGUGGAAAUCCGCGCUAUGAGUUGCAACGUCGGCGAUACUUAAUGGAACAAUUCCUUGACUGGCUUUACAGAAAAUUUUUACCUCGAAUAGUAUCGUCUAUAUUCUAUGCUACUGAAAUAUCAUCUCAAGUAUCGGUAGUUUACUAUAGACAGGACGAUUGGAGGGAUUUAUCAUUGCCAUUUUUAGCAUCAUACUUUGGCAAUUACUUGGAAGUAAAUAGACACUGUACUAUCCACGACAGCUUUAAACGUUCAGAGUAUAAUCAUAAGAAUUUAAGGCUGAUUCCAAAAAAGGCGAAGGAUGAAUUUCGAGUCAUUGCUGUACCUUACAAGGGCGUGUAUGAGGAUGACAAGUACGAAUACGAUGAAUACAUAAAAACGACGAUUAAGCCUAUACAUCAUAUAUUAGGAUACCUCAGGGAAACUCGAGAAACUCACUUCGAAAAAUUGAGUUCUCCAAUGCAAAUAGGAAAGGCUAUCAAGAACUUCAAAACUACCUUAAUAGAAAAAUAUGGUAAGAUUCCUCCUUUAUACUACGUGAAGUUUGAUAUCGCUACAUGUUAUGAUUCAAUUCCAAAACAUAAAGUAUUUAAAAUUGUUGAUAAACUGGUUGGUGAUUGUAAAGACUUUUAUAUUAGGAAGAUUACAGUAUAUGAUACGAAAACUCAUGUUAUUAAACAUCAUAAUGUGGUCAAUGGACAUUUGAAAAUGAAACAACGGUGCAUUAUAAUAGAUAAAGUUCAAACUAUACGUCUAUCUAAACAGGAUAUCUUCAACACUCUAUCAAUGGAGAUUGAAAAAACUGCUUUUAGAUACUAUAAUAAAUGUUACCUACGAAAAAACGGGUUGUUUCAAGGUUCCCAACUUUCGAGCUGUAUAGUCGACAUUGUUUAUGAUGAUUUGUUAGAAUAUUACCCAGAAUUGCGACAUACAAGGGAUUCCUUAGUUUUGAGAUUAGCUGAUGAUUUUUUGGUGCUAUCCAUCGAUAGGGAAUACGUGAGUAAGAUACUGACAUUGGCAUCUGAAGGUUUUAAAGCUUAUAAUGCAACGAUUAAUAAACAUAAAAUCCUUACCAACUUGACAUUUGACAGUAGUGUUGAAAACAUUUUCAGCUACUGCGCAAUCAAUAUCGACAUUACAAAAUUAGAGGUAUGGAAAACCAAAGAUAGUUAUAAUUUGGUACAAUCACACGUUGGAUCAACAAAAAAGCUAUACAAGAAACUCAGAUGGCUAUUCGAACUACGAAUGUCAUAUGAAGUGACUAGCACAAGAUUUAAUUCUUGGGAGGCGGUCGUCAAACACAUAGCGCACGCCAUCACUAAUUUAGCUGAAUCAUUUUCCGCUUGUUUUAGCAGGCUACCCGUAAACGUUAAUGCGUUUUCCGAAUUCAUUGACGGCAUAAUCAUCUCUUCCUGUCAAAACUGCCAAAGGGGUAAUGAUGCUAAACUGAAAUGUCUUGAACUGCAGACAGUUAUAGUAAGUUGCUUUAAAAUGAUCAUGAUGGUUAAGCGCUCAAAGUUUGCCAAAAUCAUAAAAUUUCUAGAGGACAAACAAAACGAGGUACUUACAGAAUUUCAAUUAAAGCAUGCCUGA